GUAUUUAGUAACUGCCCAUCACGAAAAAAGUGAAUGUCCUUAAUUAGAGCUACUGGGAACUACAGUCCAAUUUGUUUAAUCACUAUCUCUGUCUUCUUCCUCCCAAUUUCUUCCCAAGGUGUAGAAGAGGACGCGUGGGAAUUGCAAUUUGCAUGACGAGUGCUUCGGAGCUAUUCUUCACUAGGAGGUCUCGUUACGGCCGAACCGAUCCCGAAUUAGGGUCCGAUUCAUUGCCGGGUCGAAUUUCUCACCCCCACAGCAUUCACAAUCGCCGCCGUCAUCAUAACCACCAGCAAGGCGGCAAUAAUAUCAGGCGUGAUCGCCUCGAUGCGAGCGGUUGUGAACCUCUGCGCCGCUCUCCUCACCGCCCUAGACGUUUCGCUCCUCCUGAGCGCGAAUCUAUUUGGCUUGACUCUGGGAGUAGCCAGGGUGCUUCAGAGAACAUCAGUCAUGCAGAAAACGGUAACAGGAUACGAGAUGGGAUGAGAACCUCUGGUAGUGAGCGACUCCCUGGUGCUGUACUACUUGCAAGGGAAAGGCUUUUGCAAAGGUUGAGUGGUGUAACCAUAUCUGGAAACAGGCGAAGUAACCGGAGCGCAACAAGCACCCAUCGCAACAACGUCACAUUUGAGGAUGAUUUUAGACUUGCCGAUGCUGGUGAUUGGGAAACAGAUAUUUCUAGGCAGUGGCUUGCUGGCACAGCCCCCGGCGCGGAUUCUCUGUGGAGAGAAAAAAACAAGAGACCCCCCGGUUUGAGUCAAGAAGCCGUGGAGUUACUGCAUAUUGGGGUUUUCAGCAACUCAGACAAGGGAGAUGAAGAAACACAUGCCACGGCGGUACUUGAAUGUAGCAUAUGUCUAGAUGCUUUCCUGGAAGGAGACAAGUUAAUAUGUUUACCAUGUGGGCAUAGGUUUCACCCUUGCUGCUUGGAACCAUGGGUACGGAGUUGUGGGGAUUGCCCAUAUUGUCGAGGAGCUAUACUCGUGACUUCUUGUAGAACCAAAGAAAGGUCGUGAUAUCCUUUUUUGAUUACUUUGACUUUUUGUUGUUUGAAUGGUAGUUUUCCAUAAAAUGAGUAGAACAGGAACGGACUUGAAUAAUUUAUUCUAUGGGUUUUUUGUUUCAUUUUGAUCUUACGGCCAAGAGAAGUUCUUGUACAAAGUGAUGACUACUGAGAUACAUAACAAGGAAACUAAUUGCAUUCUCUUAGGGACACCAUAA